GUAAACAAGCAUGGCUGCUGGUUGUAACUUGCAGUUAGUGUUGUUAAAAGUCCUAUGUAAACUAUACAAAAUCAGCAUUCAUUCUACAGCAGAUUCACAGUAAAUUUACUGCUGAAUUCUAGCAUAGUGACAUAACUUGACAAUAGUGAUAAUAACAGUAUGGGUGACGCGGCAAAGGGCGAAAUGUCUGUACCCGCUGCGACAACAAGUGUUCAUGUCGAGCGUCAGAAACGCAUCUUCAAAAUCAUCGUUAUUGGAGAUUCCAACGUUGGCAAAACCUGUCUCACGUUCAGAUUUUGUGGUGGUACUUUCCCUGAAAAGACUGAAGCAACAAUUGGUGUGGAUUUUCGAGAAAGAGCACUCGAUUUAGAUAAUGAACAAAUUAAGUUACAGCUGUGGGACACGGCCGGCCAAGAGCGUUUUCGCAAGUCCAUGGUUCAGCACUACUACCGCAAUGUUCACGCCGUCGUCUUCGUCUACGACGUCACCAAAAUGGGUUCGUUUGAAAGCUUGCCACACUGGAUCUACGAGUGCGACAAGCACAACUUGACGACCGACAUUCCCCGCAUUGUCGUCGGAAACAAGUGCGACUGCCGCGAUAAGGUCGCCGUGAACACGCAGAUCGCCCAGCGAUUCUGCGACCUUCACAACAUGCCGUUGUUCGAGACGUCCGCGAAGGACGACUCUGAGUUUGACCACGUAGAUGCCAUUUUCAUCACUCUCGCGCACAAGCUGAAGAGUCAGAAGCUGAUGAUGCAGCCGACGUACCGCUACUCGGCCGGUGACCCACGCCGACCCUACGUUGUGCGCACCAAGAGCACGGAGAGCACACGCAGCUUUUGCCAGCAGUCGUCUGCAUCCACAGAGGAGGCACCGGGAUGCGCGUGUGUCAUCUGAUCACGUCGGCGUCGUGACGACAUGAAAACGACGUGACUCCCACAUGGAGACGUGGGAAUUUGUGUGGUGAACCAUAUCUGGAUGUAAUUUAUUUAUUUAUAUGUGCUCUGAUGUUAACCAAAAAAAUGUCUCACUAUUAGUACUAUAAACGUCAGGAGUAGAUAAUAGGGAAGGAGUGUGACUUCAAUAAACAAGGGAAGUUCGUCAUUUACUAGCAU